AUGAACUUUUGCUUGCUUGCAUCUUCAGCGCUCAAGGAGAAGUGGUUGGAUUCCCUCUCCAUGAGCCCACUGGGAGGAGACGAGGGAGUGAUUUGUGCUUCGGAGCCUCAAUGGGUUCUUGGAGUAGAUCCCGAUGUCUCUGCCGCCGUCGCACUCUUGAAACCUGAUGGUUCUGUCUCUUCAGCUCAGGUCUUUGAUACCCCAAAUGUAAAAGUACUGGUUGGAAAAAGAGUUCGAAAUUGUUUGGAUGCAAGGUCUAUCGUUCAGUUGCUUCAGACCUUUGGUGUACCACAUGGGACCAGAGCAUAUAUCGAAAGUCAAAUCCCUUCCCGCAAGAUGGAAAGCAGGUUUUUGCUAAAACUUAUCUCUGACAGAACACAACUUGCACUUUUUGGUCUUUACAGAGAUCACUAUUAUUCAAAUCAAAUAGAUGUUAAAUUUUGUUUGUAAGGUUAAGAAAAAGUAAUCAUGUGAUGUUUUUGAAACUAGUUUU